UUAGAGAAGACGCAAUAUACUUAUAUACUAUAUAAGUGAUCAGGAUUAAUUUAAAACUGUUACAAUGAGGAUUAUAAGAGUUUAUUUUAGUGCAUUCCUGGUAUACCUUCUGCAGUCCACUAAUACUUAUGGGUUUUCAUUGGUUAGCUAUUCAAAUAAAAUAUUUACUAAACGACAAAGUAGCGUUUGUGCCAAUCACUCAUUCGGAGACUUCGUUCAACAUCCUGACGACUGUAAAUUAUUUUAUCUUUGUGUCGAAAAUGGUGAUGCUGUUGAAGCAGCUUGUCCUCCAACAAUGUUAUUUAAUGCAGAAAGUAAACUAUGCGAUAUGCCAAAUAAUGUGAAGUGUUUAAACAGUUCGGAUAACGAAGAAGUUCCAGAUAUUCCUGUUAAUAGUCCGAACAAUGAAAUAGUGGAUGCAUUUCGUUAUUGUGCCAGUCUAUCGCAACUAGAAAACCAAAAUCAGAUUACUUUUGUUGGGAGUUCCAAUAAUUGCCAACGUUAUUAUAUGUGCUAUUAUGGACAGGCUUUACUACAAGAAUGUAGUGCCAAUUUACAUUGGAAUCCAAACAUAGGAAAAUGCGAUCUACCACAAAAUGCUAACUGUAGAAUUGGUAGCAAUUCUGUAGUACAAAAUGAGAUCACAGUAAACAAUAACCAACCUAAUGUAGUCUCUAAUAGUAACACAAACACUGCUACCAACGAUCUGAUUAAUUGCCCUACUUAUGGACAACACAUAUUUCCUCACAUGGAGCGCUGUAACUCCUUUAUUUAUUGCGUCAAAGGACAUGCAAUUCCACAACAGUGUACAUUCUUCAAUCAUUUCGACGUCAUAUCAAAAAGCUGUAAAUGGAGAACCUCAGCCUUAUGUGUGAAAGAUUUAAAUAUAAAUUUUCGGUAUUCAUAGUUAAAAAAUAA